UGCAACGAAAGCCAGAACUCUUCCUCCUCCUCCUCGGCCUCAACCUCAUCUUCUUCCCAGCAACCAUCUCAGGAUUUCCUGGGUCACUUUACCCAGGUGAGCUCACCAAACAGUGGGGACCGUAAACACCGUGACGCCGGUGCCGUCUUGCCCUUCAUCGGCCUCACUGACAGGAAGGAGCAGAGUCGUAGCUGCUGUAAGAAUGGAGGAACGUGUAUCCUGGGCAGCUUCUGCGCGUGUCCUCCGUUCUUCACCGGACGGAACUGCGAGUAUGACCAGCGCAUCAGGAGCUGUGGUUUGAUUCCACAUGGUGAGUGGGUUCAGAAGGGCUGUUCCUACUGUCGCUGUGGUUACGGCAUCCUCCAGUGCUUCCCCCACAUCUUCCAUAAAGACUGUGAUGACUCGGAGGAGGUGCGUUGGUAUCGUUCAUCAGCUGUCGGCACAGUUCAGACCAGCUGCUCCGUGUAUGCGUCGCUGCUUCUUCUUCUGCUCCUGUGCCUCUGACGGUGCUGAAAACAGCUGCUGGACUGAAACCUCUGGACUCGUUUGAAAUACUGAGCUGUUGACUUGUUUCUGUCCCAACCUGAGCUUCAUAAGCUUUUAAAAACUGUUUAUUGGAUGUUUUCAAACUGCUACGGUACAAGAGGAGUAAACUGACAUCAGGAGUUGUGGUUUCUCAAGUGAAGACCUGCUGCUUUCAGUUGUCCUUAGACAUUUAAUGAAUUUUAAACUCAGCUGGUUGAAAAUAUUUUGGGGACACACAGAAGCUGCACGAGACUAAGCUGCUCAUAGCUGUGUCAGGCACCAAAUCCUUUGAAGGCUGACUAUGAAAUGUGUGGGGACCGAAGGCUGAAUGUGUUUAAACCAUCAAACCAAUUUUUUUCAAGAAUUUAGUGAACUCAUUUGACUGAUCAGUUCUUUAAAAAAGCGCAUUUGAACCAAUUCCACUUUGUUUUUAGAGGUGUUAAGUGUAAACAUCUGGACAACAGUAUUACGUUUUAACAAUUUAGGAUUCAGCGCUGAAUGUCAGUAAAUAUUAAUGUAGAUUUUAAUACCUCCAAUUACCUCUAAAGCUAAUCAGCAGUGAUUUUUUUUUUUUUUUGUCCAAACUGUCCAAUUCUUAAAACGCUUCCCUCCAAUGGAAUCUAAUCUGUGUCCAUGUCUUGAUGAACCCAAUGUCUGAGAUUUUUGUGAAACUGUUUUUUUUUUGUAAUUUCCACACCUGUAGCUGAUGUCAGCUGAUUUUGUUCUUUGUAAAAGAAGAAGCGAGAAGUAUUGUUUUGAACUUUGCGUCUUCUGUCUGUUUGCACAAACUGAGCUGAUGUGACUGUUUGUCCCUUAAUUAAAAACAUACGUGUUAUG